GUACCAGGGUCUGGAAGCCAAACCCGUGCGAUGAACGCGCUCGCUUGCCUGCUCGCUGCAUUGCUGCUCAGCGUCGACCAUGGCGAGACCAAAGCACACGACAUUUUUCAAACCGUGCCGGAGUUGAUACAAGACAAGGGAUACCCGGUGGAGGUCCACCAUGUGGAGACGGCUGACGGUUACGUGUUGGAACUGCACCGGAUACCACAGACGGCCGGCCGCCGCAGGCCCGGCUCGGCAGUGCUGCUCAUGCAUGGCCUUCAGGACAGCUCGGCCGCCUGGGUGAUCAACCCGCGACGCUCGCUAGGAUUCAUGCUCGCAGAUCAAGGUUACGAUGUAUGGCUGGGCAACAACAGAGGCAACAGGUACUCCCGCAAGCACGUGCGGCUCAGCCCGGACAGCCGUCAGUUCUGGCAGUUCACGGCAGACGAUUAUGCGCGAUAUGAUAACCCAGCUAUAAUCGACUACAUACUACACGUCACUGGCUACGAGGACUUGUUUUACAUCGGAUUUUCUUCCAGUACAUGGUCGUUCUGGGCGAUGAUGAACCACGACCCGUCGUACAACAGCAAGGUGCGUCUGAUGGUGGCACUGGGGCCGGUGGCCACCAUGAAGUACUGGAGGAGCAUCGCUCGGCUGGCCGUGCCCUUCAGCGGCGCCCUCGUUCACACGGCAGAUAAGCUGGGCAUUUACGAGUCGUUGCCAUACAAUACAUUAUACGGCAACCUUGGGAAGGUGUUCUGCAGCAAGCACUCGCCGACGGUUCUUCUGUGUGCCCUGGGGAUUUUUCUACUGGCUGGCUGGGACCCCAAACAGCUGGACAAGGCCAGUUUACCGCAGAUUUUCGCACAUGUACCGGCUGGUGUUGGCACCAGAGUGGAGCAACAGUUCGCCCAACACAUCAGCUCCGGCCGAUUCCAGCGUUUUGAUUACGGUAAAAAGAGAAAUUUAGCUAUAUACGGACAACGAAAGCCGCCAUUGUAUUUCCCGGAACUGGUCACCGUACCAGUGGUACUCAUGUGGGGGAAAAACGACAAAAUGGCCGACAAACGGGACGUGGCGGCGUUGGCCGCACGACUACCAAACCUAGUCUCCAGUCGCCCAGUGGCGUGGCCGCUCUGGCAGCACCUGGACUUCCUGUGGGGGAUCGACGCCCAUCGUCUAGUGUACCAACGCAUUCUCCAACGCCUGCAUCAGUUCAGCUCCCGCGCUCCUCGGGAGUACAUCGGCCGCAGCAGCGUCGUCUACAGCGGAGACGGGAACGACAUUAGCGCCACCUACCCCAGCGACGACGCGGCAAACCCCUGCUUCUGA